AUGAGCGCCACUUUGACUCGUUCGACGUCUUUUACUCGGGAAGGGCCGACAGUGCGCGUCACACCAUCUCCGGCUGUUUGGCCGAGACCCGUGCUCGUGCAGUGUAAGGUUCCCAGCCAGCUGGAGUCCCAACGAGAGACUCCAUUGCUGGUUCCGCUGGAUGCUGGUGCAAUGCAGCUGCGCAAUCUGCAGCCAAAGAACGUUCUUGAGCACAAGCAGUUGUCGUGGGACUUCAAAUGUGGCCGGAAAGUCAAAUUGGACACCCGGCCGGCGAAGCAGAGCGUGGAGAUGCAACUUCGGCCCACGGCCUGGAAGGAUGGCGGGGCCGUGGUCAUUGUUUGCUUGGUGGCCUUCAACCCGGUCCUCGGCAAAGGUGCCUGGCGCUUGCUGGGCCACGCGGAGGUAAGAGUGAGCCGCAUGAGCCGCGAGGAGACGCAGCUGCCGGAGGACGUGGGCAAGGUGUUUCGUGAGCUGAAGAGGUGGGCCGUCCAUUUGCAGCACGGUUCAUGCGGGGCCCCGCAAGGCCCGCAUGAUGCAAAAACGGUGGUUGGAACGAUCCAGCAAGUCAAAGCACAGAUCUCCACUGAGAUGCUGAAGCUGAUGAGGGUUAGUUUCAGUGAUGCCGCGCGCAUCACUUUCCAAGAGAUGGAGCAGACAUGGGCAUCAGAGCGAGAACCACAGAUCCAAGACUGCAGGGAGAUGUCUUACACGCUGGAUGGCUUUCCGAUGUUUGAGCUUAAUGCAGAGGAGGAUGCCUCGCCUGUGCAAGGUGCGUGGCACAUGGUAUCUAUGAAGGUGUGCGAUCUCUUCCUGCAGCUGCAAAAAAUGUAUGCGGACGCAUUGAUCCAAGUGAGUGAAUCAGAGGCAAAGGCCAAGGUUCUGGAGUUUGUUGCGCCGGUGCGGGAGGAGCUGGAUGCCUGGGCGGCCGAUUUGGAGGUGCAGGUCCAGCAUGUUCCGUCUCACAGGGCACGCAAAAUCAUCAAGGCCUCAUGGCGGGAAAUCAUCACUCAAAUGCAGGCGCUUCUGCCAGGAACAAUGACCAACGCGGCGAAGGUGUUGAUUGAAGGUUGUUCAAAGCGACCGGCGGGACAUGUUGCCCGCACGCUCAGCGGUUUUCCACCCCUGGAGCUCCCUAGUUGCUUCAUGGUGCCUGACGAGCCUACGCUCAGUCAGAAAGUCAAACGCGUGGUCUCCCAGGAGUUAUGUGCUCUCUUCCUGCAGCUGCAGCAGAUGUACAAGCCAGUUUGCGUGAUUCAGGCUUCACCGGAAGAAGCAGCAGUUCUGGAAUUUGCCAGCCAAGUCGGGCAGGAGCUGACAGCUUGGGCUGCUUACCUACGGGAAGCGUCUGACUUGCCAGCUUCAGAUGCUGAUUCGGCAGCUGCAGUGGACUUGGUUGCUAGGGCGCAACAGCUGAUUUGGGCAAACAUUCAGAAAUUGACCGGGCUGACAGGGCAAUUCAGCAAUGCGGCAAAGGUGUUGCUUGAAGGCUGUUCAAAGCGAGCAGCAGGACCCGUUGCGCGUACUCUGAGCGGAUACCCGCCCUUGGAGACACCAAGCUGCUUCAUGGUUGCUGGGGAGCCUCCUACGCUCAGUCAGAAAGUCAAACGCGUGGUCUCCCAGGAGUUAUGUGCUCUCUUCCUGCAGCUGCAGCAGAUGUACAAGCCAGUUUGCGUGAUUCAGGCUUCACCGGAAGAAGCAGCAGUUCUGGAAUUUGCUAGCCAAGUCGGGCAGGAGCUGACAGCUUGGGCUGCUUACCUACGGGAAGCAUCGGACGCAUCUGAUUCGGCAGCUGCAGUGGACUUGGUUGCUAGGGCGCAACAGCUGAUUUGGGCAAACAUUCAGGAAUUGACCGGGCUGACAGGGCAAUUCAGCAAUGCGGCAAAGGUGUUGCUUGAAGGCUGUUCAAAGCGCGCAGCAGGACCCGUUGCGCGUACUCUGAGCGGAUUCCCGCCCUUGGAGACGCCAAGCUGCUUCAUGGUUGCUGGGGAGCCUCCUACGCUCAGUCAGAAAGUAAAAAGCGUGGUCUCCCAGGAGUUAUGUGCUCUCUUCCUGCAGCUGCAGCAGAUGUACAAGCCAGUUUGCGUGAUUCAGGCUUCACCGGAAGAAGCAGCAGUUCUGGAAUUUGCUAGCCAAGUCGGGCAGGAGCUGACAGCUUGGGCUGCUUACCUACGGGAAGCAUCGGAAGCAUCUGAUUCGGCAGCUGCAGUGGACUCGGUUGCUAGGGCGCAACAGCUGAUUUGGGCAAACAUUCAGGAAAUUGACCGGGCUGACAGGGCAAUUCAGCAAUGCGGCAAAGGUGUUGCUUGA